UUGGAGAUCAAGUACUCUCUCAUACGGGCCUCCCCACCUCUGUACUUGUCAGGGAUGUGGACAGGUGUUCUCAGGCUGGAGUUUUUCUGCCGGAAAAAAAACGGAACCAGCGGGGAAGGCGGGGUCAGAGAGAAGAAAAAACAAGGAAUUUCCUGUUUAGCUACGACAACACAGGAAGAUGAAUGUGGGCGUAGCUCACAGCGAGGUGAACCCCAACACGAGGGUGAUGAACAGCAGAGGAAUUUGGCUCACCUACCUGCUGUUGACCGUCGUGCUGCACAUCGUCCUGCUCAGCAUUCCUUUCUUCACCGUCCCGCUCGUCUGGACUCUUACCAACGUCAUCCACAACCUGGUGAUGUACCUGUUCCUUCACACAGUGAAGGGCACUCCCUUUGAGACACCCGACCAAGGCAAAGCCCGUCUGCUCACACACUGGGAACAGAUGGAUUACGGUGUCCAGUUCACAUCUUCGCGCAAAUUCCUGACUAUCUCCCCAAUUGUUCUGUAUAUUCUCGCCAGUUUCUACACAAAAUAUGAUGCCACGCAUUUCCUUAUCAACACAAGCUCCCUUCUUAGUGUUCUCCUCCCAAAGUUGCCUCAGUUUCAUGGAGUACGGAUAUUUGGGAUCAACAAAUACUGACUGAACACUGAAUUUUAACCACCAACGAUGGACUCCUAGUUUUGUCUUCCUGCUGAACUACUAAAUGUUUGGAGAUUGAGGAGAAGAGAACCAGUUGGAUUUGUCUUAACUGUACGGACUGUGUGGAGUAUUAUAUGAAAGUAGCUGUUUCUGCUGCCUCUUGCAGCCUGAAAGAAAGUAAACGCACUGCCGCUUCCUUAGGAAAGUCAUUAUUUUCUUUGCUGACAUUCCCGAUGUAUGUUUGUCAAAAAGCCAGACACUAUGGCUUCUUGAAGGAGCACAUUUAAAGUGUGUAGCUUUUGAAUAUGAUGCUUAUUACAUUCUUGUCUGUCUCUGAUUUCUGUUACAAGCUGCACUGGCUGCACGUCUGUAAACUGUGUCUGGUUGUUUCCGUGGGUGCAGUGUGAUUCAUGUGCUGAAUGACACGUGCAAGUUUACGUUCAUGCUUUUUCCUGAUUUACUGUGAAGGAUUUAUUUUCAGUAUGCAUUCUACAUGCCUACAAUAAACACUGCAGUCUUGCUACCACACACAUAA